AAUUACACGUUAAUGGCAGAACUCGCCUUAACCACGUCCCUCCUGCACAGUGGUGAAUUUCUCCUGUGUGUUCCUGUGUGGAUCCCGAGACCCUUCUCGCUUUAAGAGAGCCUCCCGCGCCCCUCACUCCGCCCCUUCCCAAGUCUCUGGGCUCGUCAAAGCUUCCCGAGAGCCAUGGUUGGUCCAGGCAGGCAAUCGGAGCACCUCAUGGAGCGGCUGCUAACCCAGGGUGGGGUGGGGUGGGGUGGAGGGGUCUGUUUGUAGUACUCUCAGUCCUGAUGUCACAGGCGCGGCAAGGACAUCGCAAGGAGGAGUCGGAUUACAGUAAGGAUGGGCAGUGCGGCAGGCAGCCCGAGCGCACUCUCCAGCCGCCGGGGAUCUUAGCCCUGGAAAAGCAGCCUGCAAGGCGCUCAUCCCGCGGAGGAGGCACGCUCUCGGCGCUCGCUGCUCUCCACGCCGGGGACACUUCCACCGAAUGUAGCAUGAAACGGCUCUGCUCUGCGUACCAGCCUUGGGUGAGAGCUGAUGCUGAAGACACCGCGGUGGGAUUCCAGCUGUCUGAUUAAUGAGAAACAUAAUGUAUUUUGGUGGUACAUGCCAGAGUCCUGCUCUCCCGGCCCUUGUCCGUCCACCAGCCCCUCCUUUGCAACCAUCGCUGGAUAUUAAACCAUUUCUUCCCUUUCCUCUUGACACUGCAGCUGCAGUCAACCUCUUUCCCAAUUUCAAUGCGAUGGACCCAAUUCAGAAAGCUGUAAUAAACCAUACAUUCGGAGUUCCUCUUCCCCAUCGAAGAAAGCAAAUCAUAUCAUGCAACAUUUGCCAGUUGAGAUUUAAUUCUGAUAGCCAGGCUGCGGCCCACUACAAAGGCACGAAACAUGCCAAGAAGCUCAAAGCACUGGAAGCCAUGAAAAAUAAGCAGAAAUCUGUAACUGCCAAGGACAGCGCAAAGACUACCUUCACCUCCAUCACUACCAAUACCAUCAAUACCAGCUCUGACAAAACAGACGGUACUGCAGGGACACCAGCAAUAUCAACGACGACAACUGUGGAAAUCCGCAAAAGCAGUGUUAUGACAACUGAGAUCACCUCUAAAGUGGAAAAAAGCCCAAUGACAGCCACUGGCAAUAGCUCAUGUCCUUCUAUUGAGACUGAGGAAGAAAAGGCAAAACGGCUUCUUUACUGUUCGCUAUGCAAGGUUGCUGUCAACUCUGCCUCGCAGCUGGAGGCGCACAACAGUGGUACUAAGCACAAAACCAUGCUAGAAGCCCGGAAUGGAAGUGGCACUAUCAAAGCCUUUCCUAGGGCAGGAGUGAAAGGCAAAGGACCUGUUAAUAAAGGAAACACAGGCCUCCAAAAUAAAACAUUUCACUGUGAAAUCUGUGAUGUGCACGUCAACUCGGAAACACAACUUAAACAGCACAUUAGCAGUAGAAGGCACAAAGACAGAGCUGCUGGGAAGCCCCCGAAACCUAAAUACAGUCCUUACAACAAACUACAGAAGACAGCACAUCCACUGGGGGUAAAAUUAGUAUUCUCAAAAGAACCUUCAAAGCCAUUGGCUCCACGAAUUCUACCAAAUCCUCUAGCAGCUGCAGCAGCCGCAGCAGCAGUGGCAGUGAGUUCCCCCUUCAGUCUUCGAACUGCUCCAGCAGCAACACUGUUCCAGACUUCUGCGCUUCCUCCAGCACUCCUGCGGCCAGCUCCUGGACCCAUUCGGACCGCCCACACUCCUGUGCUGUUUGCUCCUUACUAAAUUCCAAAUAGGAGUAAUUGUACUGCAAUAAUUUUUCAAAAAACAAAAAACAAACAAAAGAGAACUAUGCAGUGUUUAUUUAUAGUUUAAAGUAUAUCUGAAGAGCCAGGACUUUUGAUAGUGAAUUGAAAAGGUUAUAAAAAAGGGGGGGAGGUUUGGGGGUGGGAGGGAGGGAGUGGUAUUUUCUCCAAAUUAAAGCAUUCCUCUUGAACGUUGAUUGUUUUAGAAGUGAUCUCCAGCAUUGAUUUGUAGUGGUAUCUAGAACUUCUGAAGCCUCUGUGACUGUGCUUUUGGGCACCUAUUUCCCUCUGCAUUGUCUUUCCUGCUUUAUGAAACAACUAUACAUUGUCUAAGGGCAUUAACUGGUUCCAAUGUAUAUAAAAUAAUUUACUCUGUAGAUUAAAAUCAUACAAAAAAGGAAAAAAACAAAAACAAAAGCAACACUGUGAAUAGUACUACCCGUGCUGGUCCUCUUGCUAUGACAGCAAUUACUGGGUAUUUAUCCCAACAAAAGUAGAUACAGUAGAUGUCUUGUAAAACAAUAGUGCUGUGUCUCAAUCUAUGCCACUAGGUUUUAAAGAAUUGCAAAGGUAGAAUGAAAAACUAUUUCAUACCAAUAAGCAGUCAAAAAAUAAACAUACACCAGAUGGUGUCAUGGAGGUCUCCCUGGUCAGCAUUCUCCCCUCCUAUAUAGCUUGAAGAUAUAACAGGGCUAAGCUUAGAGAUGGGGGAGGCAUUAAUAAAGGUGAUUUUUUAUGAAGUCGUAACUUCCCACCCUGAAGAUAUAUUGCUGGAAACAGGGAAGUGUUUAUAAUGAACCUAUAUCUGAAAACAGAUAAACCCAUGCAUCAUGGGUGUUAAGAAAGAAAUCAGUACAACUCUUCUGUUUCAAGGAUGAAGGAUCAUAACCUAGAAUGAUAAUGCAAAGUAAAGAUCUUUCAUUUAGUACAUAUCCAGUAAAAACAGAGAAUGUUGCAUCUCUGCAGUAUCCCCUUUAUAUCAUACCAGUAGGGUUGUUUCUUAGGCAAGGUUUCUGCUUUAAGUAUGAUGGCAGAAUUAAGCAUUAGCUAUUUUUAUGAGUUCUUCUUGUUUUUUUAGAUUUCCUGCUGACAUGAUAUAAACAAUUAAUAUAUAUUUAAAUGUUAAUAACAACAGGAAAUAUGAAUCUGAGUUAAUUGCACACCAAUGACAUAGUGUUAAAAAAUACUGGUAAGUUCCACUCGACAAUUAUUUCUCCAGUGGAGUUGUGAAAUACUGACAGCCUUUGAGAUUCACCAUCAGGCUGAAAGAAGUUGAUGUUUUACCUUUAAAACAAGAUUUAUCAGGGGUAUAUAUAAAUAUAUGUAUAUUGUAUAUAUGUUAGAAAGAUUAAGAGAAUAAGUUAUAAAAAGAAAAAAAUCUAUAUAAAAUAAUUAUAUAACCAUCCAGUGUUACAUGUUAUCAUUAAAUUGGUAACAAAUGGCAUAAAAAUAGCUGUGCCUUUAAUUUGUGAUAAAGGCUAUUUGCUUUUUCCCAUAGAAAGCUGACAUAUGCCUAUCAAAAUGGUGGGGUUUGAUGCAGCCAGUCUGUUGCAUUAAUAGGAACAAUGACACUCAAACUAGAAUAAUGACAAAACAUACAUGAUUUAGGUUUAGAGAAAAAACUAUUUUUGAAAAGGUUUUGUAAAGACUAUUUAAAAAUAUAGGGAAGGAUUGGGUGUGGCCUUCCUGAAACUGCUCUCAAAGUGUUGUAACCCUUGGAGAGGUAUAAAGAAUCAAGAGGAAACCAUUUGAGACAUAGGUGUUUAGCACUUAUCAUUUUAUAUUUAAGAAACACCCAUAGCGUGCUUGGUGCUCAACAUUAAACAUGGUUUUUUGGAGUUCUCCACCAUCUAGCUAUAGAAAUUUGUCAUAUAAAUGAAUCUUUAAAGCAGUUGGCUUUAUAUAUCUUUUGUUAACCAACCAAAACAAAAACAAAAAAAAGAAGGAAGGAAGGAAGGAAGGAAGAAUGGAAGGAAGGAAGGAAGAAAGGAAGGAAGGAAGGAAGGAAGGAAGGAAGGAAAGGGGAAGGGGAAGGGAAGGAAAAAAAGGAAGGAAUAAGGGAAGAUAAUGUGUUCCAUAAGUAUUCUGGUAGAAAGAAUUUCAAACCAUGCUUCCCUGGUUAAAUAUAUUGAUUAGCAUUAAAAUUUGUUUUGAAAGUAUCUGGUGAUUUUGCAUUUACCAGCAUCUCUAUUCUCUAGUUUUAGCAAGUGUUUCCUUUUUCACCUACAGACCCUGGUAGUUCAGCCAGGUGGAUAGUUGCCCAUAAGUCUGUUGUUUGGGGCUCUGUCUGUAUCCCAUGUGACCAGCUUCUAACCAUUUUGAACUUUAGUUUCCCUUUUCUGUUAUGUCAAAUAUUUUGAUUUUCCAUAAUCAUCCUGAGUCCCUAUCCAACAAUCUUUAAAAAUGAUACAGCCUCACUUUCUGUUAGAGAACUUAGUGUUAAUUAAUGCAGUCUCACUAAAACGUGCUUUUGCUGUUCUUCCCCAUUUUCACCAAAGUGAAUGAGCCAGUCCACUAGAAAUCGGGGCCUAUGGGAUACACAGUGUCCUGGGUCACAAGGCAUUACUGUCUUUAAUGAUUUGCUGGGAACAAACAAAUCAGCCAUAUUUUCUCCAUCAGCCAUAUGAGAAAUCUCAGAAAUACCUGGAUCCCUUCUGCCUCACUUUGCUAUGGAACCAUUUUUGUUUAAAUGGUCUUUUAAAUUGGAGUUGUAAGCAUCAGUUGUCUUUUAUUCACUACCUAAUAAAGGAUGAAGCCUAACCACAGAA